CUGAGCCAGUUAGCCAGUUCAUGAGCUAUAGCUCAUUUUGACACCCCUACUUUUGAGGUGCAAAACUGAACAGACGCGACAGAUGUUUAGCUAUGGAUGAAGACCUUCACAUGGUUUGAUUGCACCUAUCUUUUGAUACAAUAUAGAGCUUUGAGUAAGCUUUCCAAUGCCACCGGUCUGAGGUCAAUCAUCAUCCUGUAGCAUACCUUAUUCCCGUUUUAUUGAAGGGUGGACAGAGCACACCGUCCAGCUCGGCAGAUGGCCGAGCUGGAUCGACCAAACGACCAGCUCGGCCAUCCGCCGAGCUGAACCAGUCCAACUCGGCGGAUGGCCGAGCUGGAUCGACAACACGCCCAGCUCGACCAUCAGCCGAGAUGAACCAGUCCAGCUCGGCGGAUGGCCGAGCUGGAUCGAACACACGACCAGCUCGGCCAUCCGCCGAGCUAGACCAGUCCAGUUUAGCGGAUGGCCGAGCUGGAUCGAACACGCGACCAGCUCGCCGAGCUGGACCCGUCCAGUUCGGCGGAUGGCCGAGCUGGAACGAUCGUGCUGUCACAGUCCCGUCCUCAUAGCUCCCUCCAUCGGGAUUGAAUCGAACAUGCUCUUGUUUCAUCUCGAUCAGAGUCACCGUCGGAACUUUACGAUUUAAAACCGCAAUAACUCGUUGUCUUAUAUGAAGUUCAAAUUGAUCGAAUAAAAUGACAACGGUUAACUAAACACCUCGAACUGCCUCCACUAUACGAGAAAUCUGAACCUUCUUCGGAAUCGACGUCGUUUCGGAAGCGCUCUUUCGAUAAAUCGUAAAAACGCUUAAGUGGGAAAACGGCCUGAAAGGGUCCUAGACACGGCUAGAAGCCCACUCGCGAUUUUAUACGAAAUCGAGACCAAUUGUUAUGACGGUUUAUCUUUUAUUCUGCAAGAGAAGAUAAAUGUCAAGUUCGGAGGAUAAAUGUGAAGUUUCCAAAGAUAAACACGAAGAUCGAAGGAAAAUGGAAUAUUUCCGCGGAGCGAUAAACUCGACUGAGGGCAGAAAAGGAAAGAGGAAACCGCCUCUAGGAGGAGUAUAUAAGGACUUCGAGGUUGAAGAGGCAAAGGACAAUUCUUUUAGACUUAGAAUUCUCCGCGCUUAGAAACUUUUAGGCAUUAUUCUCGACAUGCUCUGUUUCUAUGACUGGCUCCCGAUUACUAGACAAACUAGCCCAGACAGUUCGAUCUCUUGUUCUGCUCUUUCAAUCGAACUACGUUUCAGAGGAAUGUUGAGAUAUAUCUUGGGCAAUCUUCAUGAUUGGAGAGUUGAUAAUGAUGUUCCAUACCAAUAUUUUCCCAUCAUUGAUCAGCAUGCUCUCUUCCAGCUUGAGAAUGUUUUUUUUUUGAAGAAAAUACAAAAGUGUUACGAGAACUACCAGUUUUUCAAAAUAUUCCAGAUCAUACAACGACUCACAAUUAUUGAUAUGUCAAAUUUCUACUUUGAUAUUGCUAAAGAUAGAUUGGAUACUAGGGGAACCUCGAGUUUUUCCAGAAGAAGCUGUCAAAUAGUUCUUUCAGCACAUCUUUUAUUCAUAUUGAGAGUCACACCCAUAGUACCUCACCUAGCAUAAGAUGUCUGGAAAAAUCUCCCUUUCGAGUACACAUAUAUAUGAAGUUAUAUCUGCAACAAAAUUUGUUUUUGAACCUAAAUGACCUCUAUUGAACUAACAAUAAGUUUGAGACAGUCUUCUCAUUUACAUGUUUGGUUACUUAAAUUUUUUAUCUUUUUUCUUGCAACUUGUUUUGUUUAGGUGAUAGUUUAUUUAUUACUUUGUUAUUGCAAUUCGGAUUAAAAUUAUGAUUUAUUCUCUAUUUGGUUUAGAUUAGACAAAUACUUUAAUUUCUAAUGUUUUAGUUUUUGUUUCUUGUGGUUUUGAAUUUUACUACAAAAUAGCAUGUUAGAGAUGGCAAAUGAGCUUACCCGCGACCAUUCGUCAUGUCCUACUGCAGUUUCGGUUUCAUUUGGGUUGUUGCAGACCGUACCGCUGCGAGACGAGGUCCCAGUCUCCCAGAGAUAUGACCAAUUCUGCCCCGGCCCUGUAUCCGCCCUAUAUAUAUACCAUAGUGUAAUUUUUUUUUUUUUUUUUGAAAAAGGGCUUCUUACCAUAGUGUACUGUUGUUAAUAAUAAUGUAACCGCUAUCAGCUGGAUUUUACAGAUAAUCCAGUGGGUCCACAAUAAAACUUUCUAAUUUUCAUGACAGAAAUUAAAUAUGAAAACUAUGGAUCUAUGCGCAGCAGUCAACUUAAUUAAAUGUAUGUAAUGUGAUAAACUAUAUAUCCUUUGAGAAUGAAAAUAUGUGGUCGACUGGCCGUACUAUAAAGAUAUGACAUUAUUUGUCCGUAUAAAAUAUUCCUCGCAUAAGUUCAAAAUUUUUAUAUAUUCCUCGCAUGUAAAAGAGAUUUUGUUUUCUGUACGUUUUAUCGAUUUAGUUGAUAGUUUAUUCGUUAGCUGUAAGAGGCAAAGAGUGAAGGAGGUGCGAGCCGAUUUUAGCCUCGAAUUCUCAGAUUCUCCCAGUAUCUUUAAUUUCAUUAUUUAAAAUGUGUUUUUUUUGUCCAACAAACUUGAUUCUUAAAAGUUCACAAAAAAAACUUGAUUCUUAAAAAAAAUGGCUACAAACGCAUAUAUGAUAUAGAUUUACGUACCUUAGGAAAUUAUAUAUAAAGAACCCUUAUACCCUUCACAACAUCAAAUAUUUAAACUCAAAUUCACUUAUCAUCUUCACACAAAGAUAUCGCAAUCUCUUUAAAAGUCCUCUAGUAAUCAUCCUUUAUCAUACAUUUUAAUCAAAACAUUCCCAAUUCCCAACUGCAAGCUCAGUUUUAAUAUUUGAUUCACAUUUUUUACACAAAUGAAGAAGCUACCGAAGAAGAUUUCCGAGAAGUCGGUAGUGAUCUUUAGCAAGAACUCGUGCUGCAUGUCUCACACAAUCAAGACUCUCUUCUUAGAUUUUGGCGUGAGCCCGACGAUCUAUGAGCUAGAUGAGAUCAACAGAGGAAAGGAGAUAGAACAACCACUGGCUCAGCUGGACUGCAGCCCCACCGUUCCGGUGGUGUUCAUAGGAGAUCAGCUCGUCGGUGGAGCCAAUAAAGUCAUGAGUCUUCAUCUCAAUCGCUCUCUCGUUCCGAUGCUUAAACGCGUUGGGGCGUUGUGGCUUUGAUUAAAUAAAUCUUACAUAUAAGGAGGCACUUUUGCCUCUCCUAAAGCUAUCCACGUAUGCAUUUCAUAAAGGAUAUGGGGUCCACUUAAUGUCCGGUUUACUUUAUCCGACUGACUUAUGGGUUUGGUAUGAUUUCUGUCUUCAGCUUUUGGUCUAAUAAAUUAACGAAACUCUGCGUUUUAAGCAUCACCCGCUUAGACCAUCUUCAAUGGAGGUUCUCUCCAUUGAGAUUCUUAAUAUAUGUAUUAUGUAUAUAUAUAUAUAUGUAUAUAUUAUAUAUGCGUAAAUAAUUGUCGGGUCCACAAUUAUUGUGGAACCUCAUAAAUAAGGGUUCUUAAAGAUUCUUAAAACCCUCUUUUAAAAAUCUUUAUCUAUGAAGUUCCACAAAAAUUGUGGACCCCACAAUUACUUAUACAUAUGUAAUAUAUACAUACAUAUAUAUAUACAUAACACAUAUAUUAAGAACCCCAAUAGAAAAAACCCCCAUUGGAAGUGUCCAUAUUAUCCUCCUUUUUUCCAGAACUGAACUCCGCAUCUCUGCUUUUCAAAGUCUCAUCUUUUCGUCUACCCUUUUGUUAUCUCUUCAUCUUUCCUUUGUUCAAUGUAUCUGUUUUAAUUAUGCCAUAAUUGUUAAUCACAUUGGAUCCAGCUUCCAUGUCGACGUCUCCGUUUCUUUCGUCUCAAAUCUAUAAAUAGGAGCAGGUUGAGACUACAAUGGAUUUCCAGCACCACUGUCAGUUUAUCAUUUUAUUAAACGUAGAAAGAUUCUCAAAAAUGUUCCCUCUGAUGCUGUUGUUUCGCACUCCGCGUUUGACAAUAUCCGCCUCGGAAGAUCUGGCCAGUUCAUUAUUGCAUGUCUGUUACAUUUUUGGGACUCGAAAAACAUCAAGAAACAUGGUGAAUUCAUAGGAAUCAUUGUACUCCUCCUUAAGAAUUCGGUGAUACAUUGAUCCAUCCCUGCUGGUCGCGCCAGAAAAUGUACAAAUAUGUACAAGAUUAAGGACCACCCUUUCAUUAUCCGGUUCAUCCCAAACAACCAUUGAUGAAGUCAUCGAUGAUUUGCAAGCUCUCGCAAAGUUUGUUUCGUAUACGAUUGAUGUUGUUGGGCAAGUUCAGUCUGUCCAAGGUUCAGACCUUAAGGACGCUGCGUGAUGACUCGAGUUGUGGUCCGUUUCGUUGUUGAACCAGUGAUGCAUAUCAAGCUACUGGUUGCUACAAUUUUCUUUGCUCUGAUUUUAUUCAAAUCAACAGCAACAUAGCAAUGGAAGCAAGUAUCUCUCCUGUCUCUGGAUAUUGUAACUUGCAGUAUGACAUCAGCAUUCUGAUCUGGAAGGAUCCAAAAGAGCACUGAUGGAUGCAAUUUAGAAACGGCUAUGUUAUAGGAUACUUGCCAUCUUUUCUCUUCUCCUACUUAACAGAAAGUGCGUCAAUGAUUGAAUGAGGAAGAGAAGUGGGGAAUUCACAAGCGGAUGGGCACCACACUUCAACGCAAAUGGGCAGUGGUAGAUUCCCAGAAGAAGGUUUUAGCAAAGCAAGUUACUUCAGGAACUGAGAGUAGAUGGAAGCGUGUUGUGUUACUUGUGUUUAUAUAUAUGUUCGGUCAAACGGUUUUGGUAAAGGGAGAUAUGAAAAAGGAAUUAAUUGAUAUUGUUUGCAGAUAAUUCAUGUUGUUGUCUUUGUAUGUGGAUCCGUUUCUCCAUAUAGUUUGGUUGUUACAUAGUGGUGAUCGUUAUAUCAGAUGACUGUUAAGUCUUCAAAUUCUAAUUUUUUUUUAUAAUGAA